AUGACCACCGUCUCUACAUCACCUCAAACCGUCUCGCCACCUCAUGUGAAGGUCGAGCGCAAGGCCACGACCACAACCCGCGACGUGCGCUCCACAAGCGUCGUCUCGCCGACCUCGCCGACCUCGCCGACCUCGCCAACCCCAAGGCCCACACUGCCGACGAACAGACGUUUCUCAAACGUCCAGUCCAAGGUUGGCUCGCUGGAAGCUAUUCAUUACAAGCCCAAGCCGUCGGAGAAGAAAAUCCAGUCGUUCAAACAGGACUUUUCGCAUAUCAAGUCCAAGGUCGAUGCGAAAUUAGCUCUGCCCACCCCUGCCGCAAAAGUCGCCGAUGCCUCGAAUACCUCGGAGACUUCUCCUGGCUCUGCCACUCCCACAUCUGUAGCAGCACCGACGGCUAAAACGGCUGCGCCCAAACGACCCUUCGUUGUCACGACUAGUAUCUCGUCCUCCUCUUUGAGGUCCGCUUUCUCCUCAGCAAAGCCGCUCUCGUCGACUUCGCGUAGCUCUUCGAACGUGAGCCUCUCCACAACACCGAAGCCGAUGUCUCUGCCGCAGUCGCGUAGGAGCUCCAUGCCUGUUGUGUCCAGUCCGCCCAUGUCCCCGGCUAGCCCUGCUCGUCGCCUGUCGAAACACAUCAUUCCCACGCAAAAGCUCCAGCUUGAUCAUGUUAAAGCCAAGGUCGGCUCCUUCGACAACAUCUCAUAUGUCGGUCGAGGUCGUUCUAGCAGUCGGGCGUCCAGUGACGAAGGCAAUGGUGAAGCCCUGUCGCCCCGGUCACAGUCCCCGAGCGGCAGAUCCUCGACCUCCUCGACCAGCAAUGGAGCGCCCACGAGUCCUGGUCGUCGGUCAUCGUUCAAGAUCCCGCCGUCGAAGAAGGUGGAUUACUCGAAGGUUAAAUCCAAGGUCAACAGCCUUGAGUUUGCGAGCCACGUCCCACAGGGAGGUAACUUGCGAGUCUUUAGCGAGAAGCUGACGUUCCGCGAACAGGCUCAGUCCAAGAUUGCAAAGGAGAUCAACAUUGUACAGUUCUAUCAGACUAGCGAGAAUUCAUUCGAUGGUUCCAUCCCAGCGGAACAGGAACCGGAAGAAGGAAAGGAGCAGGAGAUUGGUGUGGAGGAAUUUGAGCCGCCCAAGAACAUUCUCUCAGUACUGGAGGAGGUGAUCGAAACCCUGGGAGAUACUGGACUGGAAGGACAGCAGGAACAUGACCAGGAGUUUGAGCAGCAGCAACAGGCGAAUGACGUUCCCAGCGCGCACCUUGAAGCAAUUGCAGCCAUGUAA